AUAUUUCUUCAUUACUGAACACCGAAUCUCGUAACCUUUAUUUGAGAAGCAAGUUUUAGAAAACUUUAUCCGGUUUUAUUGAUAUUUAUUUACUGGAGUACGCAUAUUGCUCAUUCAGUGUCGAUUACGAAGUUGAAGCAAGAUGUUCAUCUUCGCGCUGUGUUUUGCUCUCUUCACUAAUAUAGCUGUGGCUAUUGAGGGGGACUUGUGCUUGCAGCUUGAUAACAGUUUCGGUCGUUGCGUUAAAAUUCAGGAUUGUCCUAGUGCCAUACAACUAAUCCAAGAACACAAACAACCUAUUAGAUGCGGGUUCGAAGGACAGCAAUCUUUUGUUUGCUGCGAUAACAAGUAUAGAAAGAAGGAGCGUAAGAGUGUUGAAUAUUGUGAGCAACAAUAUCCACUGCAACCUGGUAUUGUAGGUGGAGAAGAUGCGACUGCUAAAGAAUUUCCGCACAUGGCUGCAUUGGGAUUCGGAACAAUCGAUAAUAUCAAGUGGCUUUGUGGGGGAACUUUGAUCAACGAGAAAUACGUCGUAACUGCCGCUCAUUGCAUCUUCACCAGAGAAUUCGGACAAGUGAAACUCGUUCGUCUGGGUGACUUGGAUCUAAGCAAGGACACGGAUGACGCGUCUCCUAAAGAUUUCUUAGUGAAGCGCGUUAUCAGACAUCCGGAAUAUAAAUCUUCGUCGAGGUACCACGAUAUAGCUUUGAUCGAAUUGAAUGCAACCGUAGAAUUCAACGAGUAUAUGAAACCAGCUUGUCUGAAUGCAGCAAAAACUACGAAUCGUGAUGUUAAUUACAUUGCAACCGGCUGGGGUUUGACUGCAUUCGCUGGAGAAAAGAGCGAUAUAUUGCAGAAGGUGGAACUGCAAGAUGUUCCGAUUAAUGUUUGCAAGGAGAAAUACCAGUAUGAUAGACGUUUGCAGUCUGGAAUUGUCGAGGAUUGGCAGCUGUGCGUUGGAGCGCCGAAUAAAGACACCUGCCAGGGCGAUUCUGGUGGACCUUUGACCUCGAAGGAGUCCAAUUAUCACGUUAUUUAUGGUGUGACUUCGUUUGGGAAAGCCUGCGGUUUAGCUGCAGGAGUUUAUACCAAGAUUGUACAUUAUUUGUCGUGGAUUGAAGACAUCGUUUGGCCAAACCCAAUAUAAGUUUAUUUUGGUUUAAAACAUACAAAAUAAACAUCGAAUACUUUUAUCAUUUCUAAAA